GCCCGAGCGGCUGCAGUUGCAGCGGCGGGGGAGGCGGCGGCAGAGGCGGCGGCGGGGCCCGGGAGAGGGGUGGCGUGGGGGACCGGCGCGUAGCCGGGACCAUGGAGGGGCAGAGCGGCCGCUGCAAGAUCGUGGUGGUGGGAGACGCAGAGUGCGGCAAGACGGCGCUGCUGCAGGUGUUCGCCAAGGACGCCUAUCCCGGGAGUUAUGUCCCCACCGUGUUUGAGAACUACACCGCGAGCUUUGAGAUCGACAAGCGCCGCAUUGAGCUCAACAUGUGGGACACUUCAGGUUCCUCUUACUAUGAUAAUGUCCGGCCUCUGGCCUAUCCUGAUUCUGAUGCUGUGCUCAUCUGCUUCGACAUUAGCCGACCAGAAACACUGGACAGUGUUCUCAAGAAGUGGCAAGGAGAGACUCAAGAGUUCUGCCCCAAUGCCAAGGUUGUGCUGGUUGGCUGUAAACUGGACAUGCGGACUGACCUGGCCACACUGAGGGAGCUGUCCAAGCAGAGGCUUAUCCCUGUUACACAUGAGCAGGGCACUGUGCUGGCCAAGCAGGUGGGGGCUGUGUCCUAUGUUGAGUGCUCCUCCCGGUCCUCUGAGCGCAGCGUCAGGGAUGUCUUCCACGUGGCUACAGUGGCCUCCCUUGGCCGUGGCCAUAGGCAGCUGCGCCGAACUGACUCACGCCGGGGAAUGCAGCGAUCCGCUCAGCUGUCAGGACGGCCAGACCGGGGGAAUGAGGGCGAGAUACACAAGGAUCGAGCCAAAAGCUGCAACCUCAUACACGGUCUCGCUCUGUCGCCCAGGCUGGAGUACAGUGGUGUGAUCAUGGCUCACUGAAGCAUCGACCUCCUGAGCUCAAGUGAUCCUCCCACCUCAGCUUCCCAAGUAGCUGCGACUACAGGCAUCU